AUCUCAAACAAAAACAAAUCAAAAAUUGGAACAAAAAUUAAUCAAAUCCACAAAAAAUACAGAAAUGAGCGAAGCUUUCGAGUAUGCGAGUGAACAAGAGCUGCUUGACGAGUUCAAAAGUUACAUGAGAGAUCCCAAAAAUGUCGACAUUGCCACAGAUUAUUUGUACAAAUCUUUAUUAGACGAGACGAUUUUGGGAAUUGUCUUCGAAAUUCAUCACGAACACAAAACUGGAAUCAAGACCGCCGUCGAAGGCGAACUCGAAGACCAAAAAUACAAAUUGAUCGAUUUGCCGGAUGUGGAUGUCUUUGGGUCAUCAAAUGUCAAAAAAGCGAUCGAUUGUACGUGCCCCAACUGUGAUAGACUCGUAGCGGCAUCCCGUUUUGCGCCGCAUUUGGAAAAGUGCAUGGGCAUGGGACGAGCGACACGUGUUGCCAGUCGCCGAAUUGCCAGUUCGCGUGAAGGCAGCAACUUUUUCGGCAGUUCCAUUGCAAUUUCCGACGACGAGGAUGACGCCGAUUGGAGCAGCGAGAAGAAAAAGAAGAAAAUUUCGUCAAAAUACGAGCGGAAUGGCAGCAAGAAGAACGGAAAAAUUUAAUUUAAGAGAUUUUUCUUUAUUUUUUAAGUCUUAAAAACCUAAGGAACGGCUGUCGUUGAGCUCUCAUUUUAAGUAAAAAUAAUUAUUUUUUAAGAAAUUCACGGAAAAAUGU